GUCGGGUUUCACUGUGUCUGAAUAAAGACCAACGAGUGAAGCUCGGCGCUCUCAGGAAGUGCAGAAGUUGUUGUGAAGCUGCUCCGGACUGAGUACAACCUCCGAACAUAAAGCUAUGGCUGAACCCAGAAUAUCAUCCAUUGAUGGGAAGUUAGCUGAAGAGUUUGCUGUUCCCUCCCAUGUUGGGGAGGUGAAAGAGAAGAUGACUGCCUUUGCCGUGCAUCAUGCUACAGCAGGUCGCAGGGUGGUUCUCAUCACAUCAGGAGGCACCAAAGUUCCUCUCGAGUCCCGCACUGUUCGCUUCCUUGACAACUUCAGCAGCGGCAGACGGGGAGCCUCCUCAGCAGAGUAUUUCAUAGAGUCUGGCUACGCCGUCAUCUUCCUACACAGGCAUCGCUCCCUCUACCCCUACACGCGUAUGUUCUCCACCAUGAACAUGCUGGACGCCCUGAAGUUCAGAAGUGACGAUGGAGCAUCCAGUAACUCUGAAGUGGUGGUUAACCAGCAGGUGCUUCCGAACAUCGCCAAAGUGCUUAAGCGAUACCAGGAAGUGAAAGAAAGCAGACUCCUUCUGCCAGUUGAGUUCAACACCCUGUCAGAGUAUCUGCAUCUGCUCAAAGCAGCAGCACAGGCGCUCAGCACAAUAGGAUCCAAGGCCAUGUUUUACUUGGCUGCAGCUGUGUCUGAUUUCUACAUCCCAGCAUCUGAGAUGCCUGAACAUAAAAUCCAGUCUUCCAAUGGACCUCUUCAACUCAGCAUGAACAUGGUCCCUAAGAUAUUGUCCCCCCUGGUGAAGGACUGGGCACCUCAGGCCUUUGUCAUAUCCUUUAAGCUGGAGACAGAUGCAACCAUCCUGCUGGAGAAGGCUCGCCGGGCUCUGGAGACCUACAGGCACCAGGCGGUCGUGGCCAACGUGCUGGACUCUAGACGGGGUUACGUGGUGGUGGUGACUCCGGAGACUCAGGCCGAGCUGAUCCUCACAGAGGAGGACGAGAAGAACGAUGUGGAGAUCGAGGACAGGAUAGUGAACAACUUGUCAUCAGCACACAACAAGUUCAUAACGCGACAAGGAGGUUGACCGUGAUCACCCACGAUGCAUGUUUGGGUCAGUGACGCAGUUCUAAGUUGCGUCUGUGCUUUCCAGAUCCUGAGCUCGACUUAAAUUCAUACUUGCUGACAAGUCACUGUAUAUGUUGUAUGGUAUGGUAACAUUAGAAGUAGCUGUAAACACAUCUUGCCUUCCCUUGUCUUUUCAGCAUGCUUUAAAAAUGAGCCUCUAAGCUUUCAAAUGCUGUCUCUGUACAGGGACGAUAUACAUGUCGGUGAAAGUUUGUAAAAUGUUUAUUUGCAGGGAAAUACAUUUUGGUGUCUUUUCUACAACAAUGAAUGACAUUUCAAUCAUCAGUGAUGUACUUUACUACACGAGUCACCCAUAAUAAACAACAAGUACCAUCCAU